AUGCUUGGAGAGCACGAUGAAAUGCUGAGGGAGGACAAUGUUGAGGAGGAGCUGAAGGGUAACGAGGAGGAAGCAUGGGUGGCAGGAGCGAUAGAGGCGAUGAUCUCGGCGAUGAAGCGAGGGUCUGUCAACGAGAAGCUAGCUCGAGCAGGGUCGCUGAUCAACUUAUCUCGCGGCAACAGCGAUAACAAUUCCUUGAUAUUUGAGGCAGAAGGCGUCCCUGCCAUCGUGGAUGCCAUGUGCGCUCACCGGAACAAUCUUGUGAUACAGAAGUUGGCAUGUCAGGCGCUCAACAGCAAGUUUGCCAACAUUUUCCUCAUUGCGAAAGCUGACGGUGUCUCCGCCAUCAUCGCCGCCAUGCGCGCUCUAUACGCUCACCCUGACAGCUGUGCGAUACAGGAGCUUGCAUGCAAGGCGCUCAAGGAUCUUACGGCCAACGAGGAAAUUGUGGGUUUGAUUCUGGGUGCAGGAGGCAUCCCCGCCAUUGUCGCCGCAAUGCGCACUCACCUGGACAGACUGGAGGUACAGAAGAAGGGCUGUCUGGUGAUCUUGAGCCUGAUUGAGAUGGAAUACGAAUUUUAUGGUGAGAUCAUUUCCAGAAUUCUAGAGCAAGGAGCCAUCCCCGUUCUCGUCGCCGCCAUGCGUGCUCAUCAUAACUGCCCGGCAAUGCAGUCAUUGGCUUGCAACAUAUUCUCCAAGCUGAACCAGGAAAACCAGAUGAACGAGGAUGGCAAGGUACAGAUACGGGAAACAGGAGGCAUCGCCGCCAUUGUCGCCGCCAUACGCGCUCAUCCUGAUGAUCGAGAGAUGCAUGACAUCGGAUGGAUGGCGCUCAUGAGCUUACAUCGCAGAGCUUCCUAUGAUGACGAAACUUUCCAACCUUGGGAAUGGCUCGAGCCUUGGGAUCAGUCAGGAGGCAAUCAGUUGGCCAUUGUGCUCGGUCUUGAAACACGUGCAAGACUGACAGGAUACCGCCGCAAACCUAAACUGUACGGAUAA